GAUUUCUCUAGAAAUCGGAAGGCUCACGUCAACCAUACCCUCGUGGAUGCGCAGGCAUUGAGUAGUAAACUAUACGUCUUGUUUGAAUCCAGUAGUGUAAAAUUGCACUUUACCAAAAUGAGUGAUAAUCAAUGGGAGCCCGUCAUUAUUAAGAAAAGGGUACCAAAGGGAGCCUCAGCUACAUCUGAUAAGGUCGUGAAUGCGGCAAGGCGACAAGGACUUGAAGUGGAAACAGUCACUAAAUAUGGGGCAGCUACGAAUAAGCAUACUGGAACAACCCUCAACACAGCCAAGCUGGAUCAAGAAAGUGAAGAAUUGAAGCAUGCCUCACUGUCUAUGGAUGUAGCAAAGUUGAUUCAGAAAGGACGUCAAGAUAAGGGUUUCACCCAGAAAGAUCUUGCUACUAAAAUCAAUGAGAAACCUCAAGUAAUAACAGAUUAUGAAGCAGGACGUGGAAUCCCCAAUCAACAAAUUCUUGGGAAAAUUGAGAGAGCUAUUGGAAUUAAACUUCGGGGCAAGGACAAGGGGCAACCACUAGAACCUCCUGCUCCCAAGGCAGCAGCUGCUCCUGCCAAGAAGAAAUAAAAGCCAGUAUGAUUCUGUGAGAACCAUUUUUCAAAUUUUUUUUUUUUUUUUCUUUUGAAGCGAGAGAUUCUUUUGUGGGGAGGGAUAAUAUGGUUAAUAUGGAUUAUUUUUGACAAAAAUGAACAGACAAACCCCCUAAGCAGUUAAGUCUUGAUACUGCACUGCAGUUAUGCAUCUCACAGACCAUUGUUCUAUGGUUGGAUCACAACUUCUGUCUGUUACAUAACUGAUUUCUAUGUCAAAAUAAUACACCAGUUCUUUGCAAGUAA